UCAAAAUUCUCAUAACUCAAGUAAGCGAGAUUUUUUAUUCUUUUUUGCCAGACUUUCUUGUAAUUACAGUACCAUUUAAAUUAAUUUAAAUAUCCGUCUGAUUACGUUUUUGUCGAUUGUUAAAUAUGGCUGCACUUCGAUAUUCUUGUAAGAAGUUAGUCCUUCCAUUUUCAAGUAGGCUAUUGUCAAGCGGAGAAUUGGGCUCCGGUGCUGGAAAGGGUGGUGGCCAAGGAGGAAGUAUCAGAGAUGCUGGUGGCUCUUUUGGUAAAAUGGAGGCUGCACAUGAAGAACAGUAUUUUAGAAAAAUGGAGGCUGAACUGCUAGCAAAAAUAAAGAGGGAACACCAGGAGCAAUCUCUUUACCAUGACGAGGAGAUUGAAUUUCAUAAAAAUGCUAUCAAAAGGCAUACUGAAGCCAUUGAACGACACACCUUACUUAAGACACAACACGACGCUUCAGUGCGAGAUCAUGAAGGAUCGGAAAAAAAUUUAAUAAAUAUGGAAAGAACAAAGAAAAAAUAAUUUAAAAAAAAUUGGUUUCAGCAGGACAUAAUGAUUUCCUAAUAAUAACAAUCUUUAUUAAUUUAGAUUAUAAUAACUUUUAAAUCUUUACAUUCAAAAUUUGUAAUGAA